AUGAAGGCAUCCACCCUACUCUCCUACGCACCUGAGCUAAUCCAAGCCAUCGGUGGGGAGCUCGACCUGCCAGAUGUAAAGCAUCUAAGACUGGUCUGCAGAAUCCUUGCAGAUGCCUUGGCCUGCAUCGUUUUACGCAAACUGAAGUUCGAAAUUACCAGGACAAACAUGGAAUGCGGUGUAGAAAUGAUCAAAACUUUGGCAACGGUUGAUUCAGAACACGCAGCGUGUUAUUCAGUUCAGGAGAUUUCAAUUGGGCUGCUUUCUCCAGCAUACGAUUCGAAGUAUACUACGGUUGGUAGGUUUGAAAACGGGGUGUGGGUCGUCGACCCACCACCAGAAAAUCCACCCGAAGUCACAACGGCCGAAGAAUUUCUGAAAAGCAACUUGUUUGCGGCGAUCGCCUCGCUGAAAAGCGUGCACACUGUUGAAUGGAGAACAGACGAGAGAAAUCAACCUGUUGUACACCGCAGCAUAAUUGACGCCCUAAAGGCACUCCCAAACCUGCGUAAUAUCCAGAUCGUUUUCUCGAAAGCAGAUGUUCCGCUAGAGGCCGAUCUAUUGCUCGGGCGGGAAAAGAUUGUUAUAUCCACAGAGCAGUCUACAGCGUCGCAACAAGAAGAAAUAUUUGACAAGUUAGCAAAGGCGAUCGCGCACAAUCCAAUUCUUACUUCCCUUGACGUCCGUGGUAUAUUGCAUUUUCGGCAACCUAUAUCCAACAAAGCGCAAAGUCUCCAUCAAUUGUUCAAAUACUACCCAUCUAACAAGCCCCCUCUCUGCCUCCGCGAACUGCGGUUGAGAUCUAUGCUUACACGUUUGGAUCACAUCACAUUGCCUCAUCUUGCACAUCUUACAACUCUGCACCUGGAUAGAAUAAACGAACCCACCGAGAAGGCUUCAAAUUCUUUCUUUAAGCGCUUCGGGCGCGACACCUCUGCUGGUCCAUCAAAAGAGACUAAACAAUAUGGAUCGUCGCUGGAGGACAUCUGGAACUUGCUUCGUAUUGCCGGGGUUCACCUUCAAAAUAUUACUGUCACCUCAAUAUCUUCUUCAUUCCUCGACUACCUUUCGUCGUACUCUGGCCUGGUGAAGCUGGAUUUAGAAACCUCCGGAUUUCACGACGGAAACUCAUCUGACGCGAUGGCUGCACGGUUUUAUGAUGGACGACUUAACACUCAUGUUCGCUCGCUAGAGAGCCUGCGAAUAAGGGCCUCUUUCGAAGGACGUUGGUGCUUUGGGGCGCAUAACGUGAAAACAAUUUCAAGCUUGACAAAUCUCAAGAGCCUGUGCCUGAGCAUCAGAUGUACUGACCUGGCGGUGGAGAACGAUUUUACACAAGACGCCAUUAAACAUCUCAUAGACAUGUCGCUCGAAUGCAUGCCAAAUAUCCAAAACAUCGAGGUUAAUUCCGCGUUAUUGGAACUCGAUCGCAACGCCUUCUGCGGCACAGGGUCUCUGCAAUACACUCAGUUUGUUCACAAGAAAAUGCUGGAGAGCGUCCAUAACUAUGUUGCCCCGCCUACGUGCAAACGUGCAGUGUUACCCGACCUGAAGGUUGGUUUCCGAACAGUGUUUAUAGGCAAGUGCGAGUAUAUGAAGCCUGAUGGUGAUCGUGCGGGCAAUGGACAACAACCAGGAGGCGACGUGAACAGCGGAGCGGGAGCGGGACGCUUGAGGUAUGUUGAGAAAGAAACGCCGAAGUAUGGCAAGCCCCACUUGUUGGAUUUCUUCCAAGCCAAGGUAAACAAUCGUUCGCUCCUUCGAGAUUAUUUAAUGUCUACCUUCCUGCAAGCCUCGUUCGCAAUUUUGAAGAAUAUGCCGUAA